UCAGUGCUCUCUUCCGCCUUGAGUGCCCCGCUCAUCAACGGUCUGGGUGAGGCCCCAGGUCCUAAAGAAGACCUCGCUCGACUGCCUCGGGGCCCACCGCAGCCCCUAAACCAGCCCGGAGCAGUCUGAUAGUGCCCAGGGAAUGGUUUCCAAGGUAACAGCAAAUGGGGCGGGGCUUGGAACGGAGGACAGGGAGAAGAGGCGGCGACGCGGAGGGGAGGCGGGAUCAGGGGUGCUGGGAGGGCGUGCGCGGCAAGGGGCACAUGCAGGGCCCCCGCGCGCCACUGCUCCUUAGCGCGGGGGAACUGGGGCCUGGGCGCCGGGGCUCGGCCUCCUGGUAUUGCCAGGAGGGCGGCUCAGUGUGCCACUGGCUGUGGAAGUCGCAGCCUCCCAAGCCACGCACCAGUUUACCCUCUGCACGCCGCUCCGAUUUCCGUCUGCCGGGGAGGCCGCCUUGGCCUGGCCCCGCCUCCGCCCAGCCCGAGGAGGGUCGCGCAGGCGGCAGAAGCGAGGCGGGCAGCCCCGCCCCUGCGCGGCGCCUUGGCCGCGCCUUCAGGACACCCUGCACCCAAGCUCAGGGUGACGUGGAUCCCCGCCCCCUCGACUCCCCGCACACACUGGUCCUGGAUGACCCCUCGCCGCAGGAUGGUUCCCCGGUCCUCUGGCGACGAUUCUCCAAGGCGUCUCACAUGAACCGGCUCCAAAAUGCCAAAAUCCACGUGGAGAGAGCUGUCAAGCAGAAGAAGAUCUUUACCAUCCAAGGCCGCUACCCGGUGAUCCGGUGUCUCUUGCGCCGGAGGGGCUGGGUGGAGAAGAAGAUGGUUCAUUGCUCAGGCUCCACCCUGCUGCCACUCCAGAAGGAUCCGGAUAGCUCAGUGAUGGGUGACAGUGACACCACUGAGGAUGAGGAUGAAGAUGAGGAUGAGGAGUUCCAGCCACCACAGCUGUUCAACUUCGAUGAUUUACUGAAAUUUGAUGACCUAGAUGGAACACAUUCUCUGAUGUCUCGCAUGGUUCGGAAUGAGACCCCCUACUUCAUCUGGACCACUCGGCGGGAUGUGCUUGACUAUCGCUUCCUCUCUAAGGAUCAGAUGAUAAACCACUAUGCCCGGGCUGGCUCCUUUACCACAAAGGUGGGUCUAUGUCUCAAUCUCCGGAAUUUGCCAUGGUUUGAUGAGGCUGAUGCCGACUCCUUCUUCCCACGCUGCUACCGCCUGGGGGCUGAGGAUGACAAAAAAGCCUUCAUAGAAGACUUCUGGCUGACAGCUGCCCGCAACGUUCUCAAGCUGGUGGUAAAGUCUGAGUGGAAGUCAUACCCUAUACAGGCAGAAGAGGAAGAAGCCACAGGAGACAAGCAACCCAAGAAACGGGAGAAAAACCAAGUGUCGGUGUCUCCAGAGUUUGUGGAUGAAGCUCUGUGUGCGUGCAAGGAGUACCUUAGCAACCUGGCCCACAUGGACAUCGACAAGGACCUGGAGGCCCCACUGUACCUCAGCCCCAAGGACUGGUCCCUCUUCCUCCAGCACUACUACCAAGUGGUCCACGAAGGGGCAGAACUCAGGCACCAUGACACUCAGGUCCAGCACUGUGAGGACAUCCUGCAGCAGCUGCGGGCUGUGGUACCCCAGAUAAACAUGGAAGGGGAUCGCAACAUCUGGAUCGUGAAACCAGGAGCCAAGUCUCGCGGACGAGGCAUCAUGUGCAUGGACCACCUGGAGGAGAUGCUGAAGCUGGUGAACGGCAACCCCAUGAUGAUGAAGGACAGCAAAUGGGUGGUACAAAAGUAUAUUGAGCGGCCCCUGCUCAUCUUUGGCACCAAGUUUGACCUGAGACAGUGGUUCCUGGUAACUGACUGGAACCCACUUACCGUGUGGUUCUACCGUGACAGCUAUCUCCGCUUUUCCACGCAGCCGUUCUCCCUGAAGAACCUGGACAACUCAGUGCACCUGUGCAACAACUCCAUCCAGAAGCACCUGGAGAAUUCAUGCCAUCGGCAUCCACUGCUGCCUCCAGACAACAUGUGGUCCAGCCAGAGGUUCCAGGCUCACCUGCAGGAGAUGGGGGCCCCAAAUGCUUGGUCCACCAUCAUCGUGCCUGGCAUGAAGAAUGCUGUGAUCCAUGCACUUCAGACCUCCCAGGAUACUGUGCAGUGUCGGAAGGCCAGCUUUGAGCUCUACGGUGCUGACUUUGUGUUCGGGGAGGACUUCCAGCCCUGGCUGAUUGAAAUCAAUGCCAGCCCCACCAUGGCACCCUCCACGGCAGUCACCGCCCGGCUCUGUGCUGGUGUGCAAGCUGACACCCUGCGUGUCGUCAUUGACCGGCGGCUGGACCGCAACUGUGACACAGGAGCCUUUGAGGUCAUCUAUAAACAGCCUGCUGUGGAUGUGCCCCGAUACGUGGGCAUCCAGCUCCUGGUAGAGGGCUCCACCAUCAAGAAGCCCAUGGUGAUGUGUCAUCGGCGGAUGGGAGUCCGCCCAGCACUCCCCAUGCUGACCCAGCGAAGCUCUGGGGAAGGCAAGGACUCGGGGACCCCUACCCACAGGUCAGCUUCUAGGAAGGAUGCUGGGGCCAGGAACCUGGAGCACAGUGAGAAGCCAGACUCCACUGCCACCACUUCAGACCCCGGAAAGGGGAAGAAAGCCCCUCACCACCUCCCCAGCCUGCACACCAAGGCCCAGCUGCCUUCUCCCCAAGUACUCCGACACCAGGUCCUCAGACGACAGCACAGCAAGCUGGUGGGCACUAAGGCCCUGUCAAUCACAGGCAAGGCCUUGAGGACUCUACCCACGGCCAAGGUCUUCAUUUCCCUCACACCUAACCUUGAUUUCAAGGUGGCACCCAGCAUCCUGAAUCUAAGAAAGGCUCCUGCUCCCCUGUGCCUCCGAGGCCACCACCUGGAAGUACGUCAUUGCCUCUGUCCUUUGAAGUUGGAACAAUUCCUACCACCUAUAAGAAAGUCAAGGCCAAAGGCAAAUUCAAGGCCAGACUGUGACAAACCCAGAGCUGAGGACUGCCCUGUGAAGAGGCUGAGCCCCCUGAAACCUCUGUCCCUUGUUGGUACAUUCCAGAGGCGUGGGAGCCUGGGGGAUAUGAAGCUAGGGAAGCCCCUGCUUCGAUUCCCCACUGCCCUUGUCCUGGAUCAAACACGAAAUAAAAAGAAACAAGUGGAGUAUUUGGGGCUUGGCUGCAUUGCUCUUGGAGGGUCAAGAGUGGGUGGGGCAAGGCCCUGUACCCCAGGGUCCACAACAAGAGCCGGAGGCCAUCAGCAGCUCUGAGAUGCGAGGCCCAGAAUUCCCCACCGAGGGACAGAUGGGGCUUCCUAUUGAGGGACUCCUCCAGCAUCUCGGAUCUGGGGGUGGGGAACAUGAGGUUUCACUUCACAGAUGAAGAAACUGAGUCUGAAAGAGGAGGCAUGGCUUGCCCAAGAUCACAUGGCAGUGAGUAGAGGGCAGGGACACACUGCCAGAACUGCUGACCACUGGGAGCCCCGCAACUCUGGAGAAUAAGCCUAGCUGGCAAAAUGACACCUAGCGGGCAUAGGAAUGUUAAUGCCAUGAGAUGGGAAAGAGUGGACCUUGCCUAAACCUCAGCCCUUCUGUAGAGGGAGUGGGUCUAUCCCUUCCUCAGCAAGGGGUCAAGGUCACCUAAAAAGGAAAUAUCCACAAGCCACACCCACCUGAAGAAAAGUGUGGCACUGCCUAGUUGUGGGUUGAACUGUGGUCUCCCCAAAAGAGAUGUCUACCUGGACCCUGUGAAUGUGACCUUACGUAGAAAGAGUCUUUUUCUACAUAAUGGUGGCUCAUGCCUGUUACCCCAACACUUUGAGAGGCCAAGGCAGGAGGACUGCUUAAGCCCAUAAGUUUGAGACCACUCUGGGCAACAUGGUGAAACCGUUUCUACAGAAAACUAGCUGGGCGUGGUGGCACGCACCUGUAGUCCUGGCUACUCAGGAAGCCGGGAUGGGAGGAUUAUCUGAGCCCGUGAAGAUAAAAACUGGUGAGCCAUGAUCACGCCACUGCACUCUCAACCUGGGAGACAGAGUGAA